AUGUCUCGGUAUAAGGAUAACCUUUCGAACAUGAUCUGGCAAAGAUUUGAAUUCCAGAUAGGUACUCAUGAAAAUAAUUUUUCCAUUGAACGAGAACACGGCAAGGUGACGAUUGACACCGACAACUACUCAAUAAAAGGCGAUGGAUUCAAGAGGAGAUUGAUUCGGAGGAGCGAGGUGGAAACGGUUUCUAGAAGCAUAAGCAGGAUCAGAAAGAAAGUGUCAGCUGUAGUCCAGCUCCGUGAUGCCAUCCAGGUUUUCCAUCAAGACACAAAUCCAAAGAACUUCAGAUACAUCAAUUCAUCAAACCCUCUUGAUCAUUCGAAAUACGAUGCGAUUUCAGAGACGAUUUCGUGGCAGCCACGGAGAUGCGCGCUCGUUGGCAACUCGGGUAUUCUGAACAAGAGCAAAUGCGGUUCGAGCAUCGACGCGCACGACUUCGUGAUCCGGAUGAACCUGGCGCCAAUUGGAGGGAUCUACGCAGACGACGUGGGAUCCAAAGUAUCGAUCAUGACGAUGAAUUGGGAACAAUUGUUGCUCGCAGUGAGGUGCACGCGCAAUCGAACGAAUGACGUCACAAAGGAAUGUGACGAACUGGAUGGGCGAAUGAACCAGGCUCGUGAUGGGAUAGUCUGGUACACAAAGGGAGGAUACGCUGAUAGACUUGGCAUUGUGGCAGAACAUAUGUUGAAGAAUCACCAUGGAAACGGAAAGCGUGGCCCUCGAUGGGCGUACAGUCCGAGAGUGAUGCAGGGAAUUUGUAAAACAUUAUGGAAGAACAAAAAUCCAUCGACAGGUCUGAUUGCGUUUUCCUUGGCUUCUCUUAUCUGUGACGAAAUUUCUCUCUUCGGGUUUUACCCUUUCGAGAAAGACACUUUGAAUAGGACUAUAAGUUAUCAUUACUACGAGCCUCACAGUUCGAAACUCUUCUUCUACAACAAACACCGCAUGCCCGUCGAGUUCAGGAUUUUUAAAACAUUCGGGAAACAUGGAUCGCCGGGGAGCCAGCUUGUUAUUCAACCAUGUGCUUAAUGAUUGUGCAUAUAAUCAUGGUCUUGUUGAUAAUCAAUAAUAAUUGUGCAAUAAUAAUAUUCUGCAGUAACAUUAUGCGGUACUUGAUGAACAUCGAAGAUCUUCCUGGGACUGAAGUCUUCUCGAUCAUACACGUGGACCCAGUUGCCAUUAUGUUAUCAUUGUGGUAACUUUGUCAACCAAUAAACAUGGCAUCAAAGCUAAACAGCCAAUCAGGGAAUUAAGUUACCAUCGGAUAGUAAACUAAUUGUGACUUAUAAGCACUACGACCCCUAUAAACUUAAAGAGGAGGGCGUAUUUGACUGGCAAAAUAUGAGAUCUGAUUUAGCUGCAAUCUCAAAUUGAACUCAUUCACUCUGCGUGUAUUGACUGGAGUUAGUAACGUCAUGAAUUUAUGAUAGAUUAACCCAUAGUUUUAUCAUUUGUCUGGUUAAACUAAAGUGAUUCGAAGAGAAAAGUGUGUGUUUUUUGUUUGCUACCUGGUUACAAAACUGCAGGUGCCUUGCAACAAGUUUUUAAGCGGGGUGACGGUUUGGGAAAAAGAUAAUACAAGCCAAAAAAGGGGGAAAGUUUUCAUUCCGAAAUGAAGGUCAAUUUUUAACAAACCAACAUGAUUUUUAGGGGAUGCUUUGGUGUACAACAUUACGCAGCAGUCCCAGAAAAAUCAGCACCACGGCACUGGCAUAUGCUUUGAACAUUAUAAGACCUUUAAACAAUGUUAAAAGUGGGUUUCUAGUUUAAAAGAUUCAUGGCUUGUUUAAGGUUUUGAUAAUAAAAUGAUUUCUUCCACUUAAUAUUACAAGCUUAUAAUACGCACAAUGAGAUUUCCUUGUCUGAUGGUCACCGAAUGGUGCUAUGACAUUUGCUCCGAUGGAAAAUCAAAACAUAAAAUCUAACCUCCAACACUAAAUGAACCCUAAUUCUAAUAUCUUUAUAAUAUUCUGAACCAAACACUCUAUUACAUGUUAAAGAUGUUAACAGCCGAUGGUGAGUCAACCGGAAGUAAAAACAUGUUAAACGAGGACACGACCUCAUUUAAACGGUUAAUAACACAAACAACUCUUUGAAAACCUUGUAUUUAAGUUAUUAUUGAAGUUCUAUUCAUAAUAUAUUCAAUAAAAUUCUGUCAGCUUAAAUGGAAUAUUCAUCUACUAAAAGUUCAGAUAAAGCCUCAUUAUUGGACCUGGGACUUUUUUCUGAAGUCAGUUCAAUUCAAUUCUUUAUUCCAUUUCCAUUCAAAAAAUAAUACAAAGUAAUACAAAUCAAAUACAAUUUUACAGACGAGUAUUCUUACAUCGUAAAAAAACAAAAACAAAACAGUAUUAUAUUGAGCAUAGAUGGAAAUGAGGGGGGUCCACUAAAAAGCAAAGCUUGUAAAGUGUGGAUCCCCCUUGUGGAUCCCCCGGAGUACAGUGUCGGGAAUUUGACCUCAUUUUCAUCUUCUUUUCAAUAUGAAUGAUGCAUCAAAGCGUGUAUUUCACUAUUUGUUUAUCUUUCUGGCAGGUUUCUCUAAUAGCUUGCCAUCAUUGAUUCAAGAUUACAGAAACCAUGUUUGUUUUUAUGGUGUUGUUUUUAAUUAUGAUGUUUUUAUUGUCGAUGAUGUACCCAGGCUGAUGU